AUGAUUCUUUUUGCUGGCUUGGAUGUACACAGUGCGGGACGUGGCCGACGGAGACCUAGACAUGGAGACGAAGGCAACGGCACGUACGAGCUGCCCUACCGGAAGCCCGAGGAGCUGAGCCGGUGGGACGCGCUGCGGCUGGGCAUCUACAACCCCAGCACCAAUGAGAUCUUCGGCAGGACGUGCGCGUCCUGGGGCGGGCUGGCCGUGUUCUACACCAUCUUCUACAUCGUGCUGGCCGCCUUCUUCGCCAUCUGCAUGAAGGGCAUGCUCCACACCAUCGACCCCAAGGUGCCCUACUUCACCCAGGACUACUCCUUGAUCGGCUCGAGUCCAGGACUCGGCUUCCGCCCCAUCUCCCAUGACGUGGAGAAGGAGGGCUCCCUCAUCUGGUACGUGGCCAAGAACGAGACCAACGUCAAGGUCUGGACGGACCGCAUCGAAGACUUCCUGAAACCGUACAAGAACCAGUCUUCGCUGCCAGGCGGCGGCCGUAACCAGGUGCAGUGCGACGCCAGCAACCCCGCCCCCAAGGGCAAGGUGUGCGCUAUGAACAUGGACAACUGGGGCAUGUGCCAGGGAGCCACCUCCUACGGCUACAGCCGGUCGUCGCCCUGCGUCUUCGUCAAGCUCAACAAGAUCUACGGCUGGGUUCCCGAGUACUACAACGACACCAACGACCUCCCCGCGGAAAUGCCCGACAACCUCAAGACCUUCAUCCAAACCCGCCCGCCGAAGGAGCGCAACACGGUGUGGGUGUCCUGCGAGGGAGAGAACUCGGCGGACAAGGAGAACAUCGGCAAGAUCCAGAUGUACCCCACGAUGGGCAUCCCCGGCUACUACUUCCCCUACGAGAACCAGGAGGGCUACCUCAGCCCCGUCGUGGCCAUCUACCUGGUGCGCCCCACGCCCAAAGUCCUGAUCAACGUCGAGUGCCGCGCGUGGGCCAAGAACAUCAACUACCGCCGCCACAACACGCUGCGGGAAGGCUCCGUGCACUUCGAGCUCAUGAUCGACUAGAGCAGCGCUGCAGCCAAGCAUUCCCCGCGGCGGCGUGGCGGCGUGGCGCCACUGCCGAGACCCCAGCCAGAAGCGUCUCCGUCGAGUCCGGCCUGUCCGGCCUGUCCGGCCUGUCGGUCAGGCGCGACGAUCUUAUCCUCUCUACGCUGGAAACUUCUAGGGACAUAUUUUCAUCGAUUCCACGCAUUAUCUGACCCAACUGGGCUGGGCGGGAAAUUUUCUGGCUGGGGCGAUCUAGUUGGAGAGAGUCGUCGUUUUCUGACGAGAAACACACCAAUUUUGUACUGACGCGCUAAUGUUGCCGUGACCGUUUUCUAUGAGGGCGCGCGAGGAGGUGAGCGGAAUUUUGUCAGGCACAAGCUUCGCUCGAUUGUUUUGAUUUAUGUGAGUAAGAGUUCCAAGAGGCGAACCCUAUGUAGACACGCCGGUCGGUGUCGAAAAGACGUACUUAGAGGCAGCCCGUGCGAGGCGCCUAGGAAUCAUUUUAUUCUGCCAGACGUGAUAGUAAUUUUAUGUUAGUUUUUCCUCGAGUCCGCGGCGAGGGCUAGUUGUUAAGUAGCAUUACUUUAGGCUAAGACAUUGACGCAUUUUACCACGUAAAUAGAGUAGUCUCAUCUCUUGUGCAAGGAGUGCCAACUGAACAAAACUUCUAAAUUUUAAAUGAAUAAAUCAAAUGAGGAAACGAUUACCUUUUGUGUUAAGUUUUGUAAAGUUGGCACUCCCUGCCGUUACGUGUUCGGUGGAGUCUGCAAGUCGCUGCGAGUCCCCUCCGGGACGAGUAAGUACAGUCACCAAAAGCCCACCCCGAACACCCUCUAGCCACAUCGGCUUCUUGUCGUCUUAACUAUCAAAGGGACCCAACGUUAAAAAGUUCGUAUUUUAAUGAAUUUAAAAUUAAGAUGUGUACUUAAUGUGAGAGAUCUGGAAGGAGCGUUCCAUACAAAGCCUAGAUAAAGGAAAAAGUCUAUAUAUUUUUACGUUGUCUGUCUUUGCUUUGAAGCGUGGAGGGAAAUAAUUCGUUUGCAUAUCAAAAACCUUUCUUUGUGCAACAACGCCACAAAAAUAAGCACAAGUGUUUCUGCUUGUUUGACAUAAAAGUCUGCCAGGGAUCCUGUAUGCAUCCGACACCGGGCGCAUUCGGGUACAGCUUACUUUGUAGAGCAGCUGUGUUCAUUUCUUUUGUUGGUCGCUGUGUGAUGUACUACUGCCAAUAGCUGCCACGUUUAUUAAAAUGGCAGAUCCUUCUUAUAUUAUUAUAGGCUUUCACUAUACGCGGUUUCUUAAUGUGUGUGUAGAUGUUGCCAUAGAAAGUAAACCACUGAAACUCGACCAGAAAAGCUUUAUAAUGACGUUCUCGGGAUCCAAUAAUCAUGAAAUUUCACAUCUCGCAAAAAAUGUUGAUAUUUUUUAAAAACAAUUUCAGAGUGGACCGUCCUUGGUUGUAGUCAUGCCAUAUUUUUGAAUAUGUAUUAGUCUAGUCUUCGCUUCAGGCUGAGUGUCGAACCUUGAUUGUUAAUUUUUUGUCCACAAGAAGAGUAUUAUUAUGUGCAAAAUACGAAAAUCGUAUGUUAAUAAAUAUUGAAACUCCAA